UGAGUGUGUGACUAAUACGUGACGAUCUAGCGGAAGUUUGGUUGAACUGUCUUUGAGUGGCUGUCCUUUGAGUGUUUGUGAGUGAGUGACAAACUGUUGGAUAUCCAAGACAGCGAAUCGCAAUUUAGUCCAAAGAUAAUGUCCUUUAUAGCCUGCAGUAGUGAAAAAUGCUGAAAUUUGGCAAUAGAAUUGGCUACGCCUUACCUGUCAUGGACGAACGAUUGCGAUGAUGAUGACUUGGUCAAAGAGAAAAUAUACACCGUCAAUGCGAAUAAACAGCUACUCUUGAAUAUGGCAACGAAUGUUCUGGUGGCAGGUGGUCAGUGUGUCGCCAAAUGUGACCACCUAAAGCUUAAACCUGGAGAAAUUGCCUAUCAUAAAGGAGAUAUCCUUACUACUAUGGAGAUAACGCAGGACAGUGGUAUAUAUAAAGCCAGAAACAACAAAACGGGAGAUGAAGGGCUGGUUUCUUGUAGUAAUAUGAAGGAGCGAGAGGCUAUCCGCAUAGACUCCUGCCUCAGCCUAAUGCCUUGGUUUCAUGGGAAGAUUUCAGGGCCCCAGGCUGUGAAGAAGUUGAAGCCCAGGGAGGAUGGUCUGUUUCUGGUCCGCGAGUCCAUCCGCCACCCUGGCGAUUAUGUCCUGUGUGUCAACUUUGCUGGGGAGGUCAUUCACUACCGAGUCAUCUACCAGGACAGCAAACUGACCAUUGACAAAACACAGUUCUUUCAUAACCUUAUUGACAUGAUUGAGUUCUAUUCCAAAAAUAAGGGAGCCAUUGCUACCAUUCUGCACAAAGCCAAAGAGAAAGAAGGAAUCCGAUCGGCUGAGUUAGAACUAUCUAAAACGGGAUGGCUCCUCGAUUUGGACAAGCUCAUCCUAGGAGCAAGCAUUGGAGAGGGAGAGUUUGGAGAAGUGUAUAAAGGGGAGUACAUGGGCCAGCAGGUGGCAGUGAAGAACAUCAAAUGUGAUGUUACAGCUCAAGCUUUUUUGUCAGAAACAGCAGUUAUGACGAAACUCCAGCACAAUAAUUUGGUCAGGUUGUUGGGUGUGAUUUUACACAAUGGACUGUACAUAGUCACAGAAUUGAUGGUCAAGGGCAAUCUUGUGAAUUAUCUACGCACAAGAGGGCGCUCUCAGAUCAGCACAGGCCAGCUGAUGCGUUUUGCACUUGACGUAUGUGAAGGAAUGGAGUACCUGGAGUCCAAAAAGUUGGUUCACAGGGACCUGGCAGCCCGUAACAUCCUGGUGUCCGAGGACAGGGUGGCCAAAGUCAGUGAUUUUGGGCUCACCAAAGGGGACUCAAAGGGCUCGGAGCAGGUGAAGUUACCUGUCAAAUGGACAGCACCUGAGGCCUUGAGGAAAGAGAAAUUCUCCACUCGGUCAGAUGUUUGGAGCUAUGGGAUCUUCCUGUGGGAAACAUUUUCUUACGGCCGUCAGCCUUACCCAAAGAUGUCCCUGAAAGAGGUGCGUGAGCGGGUGGAGCAGGGCUACCGGAUGGAGGCCCCCGAGGACUGCCCCCCGGCCCUGUACCAGCUCAUGGGGAGCUGCUGGCACCAUGAGCCGGGGAAGAGGCCCUCGUUCCACAAACUCCGGGACAAGCUGCAGAAGGAGAUGGACCGGCUGGACCCUCCAGCAGAGGAGUCAUAGACAUGGUCAUGUGCUGUUCAACUACUACUACUCUACUACUAUGCCAUUAUAAUAUAUAGCCUAUACAUACACACACACACACACACACACACAUAUAUACACAUAUAUAUAUGUAUAUACGUGUGUGUGUGUGUGUGUGUGUGUGUGUGUGUGUAAAUAAUACUGAUACAUCUGUCUAUGCCUUUAUAUUUUCUUUAACCAUUAUAUUGAAUAUUUAUGCUGUAUACUGAAUUGAUUGUUGCUGUGCUUGUCAGUUUAUUAUUGUGUAAAUACAAUUGGAAACUUCUGCUCAUAUUUUGUAAAGAGGAUAUUUUCAAAAUGUGUACGUUUUCUAGAAAAACUACCUGUGUCCUUCUAUUUAAAUGUUGGUAUUUAAUGUAUUACAUAAAAUGUUACAAGAUGUUGCAGAUGGUCUGCAGUAUUUUUGCAGCAACAUCUGGGUGAUUCAGAGAUGAACUCAACAGACAUGAGCUCUCCACUGACAGAGCGUCUAGCCCAGGUAUCGCACCAAGCCACUGUGAUUCACUUCUCUUGCUGCCGUUCUCUAGCUGAGCGGAAUCUGGAAGGGAGAGAGGGGGGGAAAUGCUUUAUCCGGGAUUAAAACUCAGAUCACCAGUAUCUGCUUGUGUUGUACAGUAAUUGUCCAGCAAUAUGCCCAGCGCCUCAGGGCUUAAUAUGCGAAAUCUUGAAUGUUAUUGCUGAUAUAAGUAAGGAAUUACAAAGCGCCCAGCAGCCUGCCUGCAUGGAGAGGCUUUCUGGAGUUACAGGGGAUUGGGGAGAGAUAUCCUCUUUUCUUCCCAAUUCAUCCGGGCUAAGAUCUCAGGACAACAGUUCCUCUGACUCAUCACAGUUUUGUAAGAGCUCUUGGGACAGAAGGGCAUUUGCUGGUGUUUUGAUAUUGAGUCAUGCACCCCCUUCUCACACUUGACAUGGAGCAUUGAAAUGUUGCAUAAUGAAACCUGCUCUCACUGUCGUCCUAAAGAACUGAAGAGAUUUUCAAAGACUUAGGCAGGGAGAGUUCCCCCCCACCUUUUGUUUUGUUUCGUUGUCACGUUACAUCCAAAAUUAAAUAU